AUGGGAAAGAAAGCCCUCAGUCUGGCGCAGAAGGCGCAGUAUGAAGAGGUCAUGAAAGCUUUGAAGGACAAUGGGGUCCUGCAGACUGCUGUGCGUUCCAACAAACGCAAGCAGUCUGAUACUGAGCCUGCUGAGCCACUGGCGCCCAAGACCAGAGUCAGGGAGAAGAAGCCAGACAAGGAUUCGGAAAAGGAUUCCAAACCUGACCCAGCCCCAGCAACCAAGGGAACAAAGCGUGGCAACCCCGAAGAGCCCAAACCUAAGGCUGCGAAAGCAAAAGCCCAGCCACCCAAGUCAACCUCAGAGAAAAAGGGAGCCAAGAAAGCCGCCCCAAAGGAUGACGAUGACGAUGACGAUACUAAGUCCUUCUUUGAUGAAGAGAUGCAGGUGCAUGUGAGUUGGCGCAACUAUGAUGAGGUUGUGAAGGUGAUCUGCGAACACUGCCCCAAGGAAACCCCGGCUAGUGUCAAGGCUGCGCUCACAGAAGCCCUUGGGCCCUGUCCUCCAGACGUGAAGCUUCCGGCUGAAGCGGUGCCAGCGGCCUCAGAGGAGCACCCAGGACCUAUCCUAGAGGAUGAGACCCUUGGGGAGAGGGAUGAUGGAAAUCACGAGUGUGAGGAAGAAGAGGAAUUGGAGGAGGAUGAAGAAGUUGAAUCGCAGGAUGAAAACGAAAAAACCACAACAGCGGGAAACAAGAAAGCAAGGCAGGAUGCGAAGGACAAGCAGGUAGGACAGGAGAAGGACGUUACCAAGGUAAAGGAGGGGGCAAAGGAGAAGAGGACAAGAGCGGAGUCCCCAAACCGGGAGGAGGUAGCAAAGAAAAAGAAGGCUCCAAAGGAAAAGGAGGUAGCAAAGGAAAAGAAGGCUCCAAAGGAAAAGGAGGUAGCAAAGGAAAAGAAGGCUCCAAAGGAAAAGGAGGUAGCAAAGGAAAAGGCCCCAGACGCAGUGGUCAAGUCGAUUACGUGGAAGGAUCUUGAAGACACGCAGGUUGACACGCAGGAGUCGCCCCACAAGAUUCUGGAUGCUACCCCCGAGACCCCAAAAGACAAGAAGGCGGACAAGCAAGCUUACUUGGGGCGACCUCCCUCGGUGGUAGCCUGUGAGAAGCCUAACUGGGAAGAGGAGAGUGAUCUGUGCUCUGGCUUUCUUGAUAUGCUGAGUACCAGCCCAUCUGAGAUCAUAAUGAACGCGGGCAAGCCGAGCGAAAUUCAGACCCUGCUGAGCCAGCUCAUCAAAGACAACCGGGAUAUGAAGCAGCAGCUGAGGGUGCUUCUCUGUGGUGAGCCCACGAAGCCGCGCAGCCCUACGGUGGAUGAGUUUCAGAAGCAGUUUGAGCAAGACAUGGAGGACGCCAUGGAGGCUUCCAGAGCCAGCGCAGGGCUCUCAGCUUCAUCAAAAGCUGGAUCGCGUGCAUCCAGCAGCAAUGGAGAUGAGAAUGAGAAGGACACCGAGCCCCUUCCGGAGCAUGAGCCCUCAAAUCCUGGGGGACCUAAGGAGGUUGAUGAAGAAGGCCCCACGAGUACUACGCACCGCAAAGAAUGGAUGGCCCUCUCGCGACGCAUGGAGUCCCUUGACGCUGCGAAGUUUCCAGAGGUUGCAAUGAUGUGGGGAGCAUCCCGGGCUGAAAAAAGGAAGCUGUUCCAGCAGUGGCUUUCUAACGACAAGAACAUCCAGGCCACGGAGACGGCCCUAGUGAUUAGCAAGGAAAAAGAGUCCGAGACAACCCGCAAGAAGGAAUUCCUCACGAUUGCAGAAAUGGUGGCCAAAGGAUUUUCCCAGAACCCUGACUACACACAGCGUAAAAUUGAGACAGUAGUCCGGAGAGGAGGCGAACCGGACCCUGACGUUCCGGACGACGCUGAAAGCGUCAGAUAUUGGGUACAUACGGGUGCCCACCUCCACGAGAAGGAUAAGGAAAUCCAAAAGGGGUCCAUGCGUGUUCGGGUGAAGGGUACCUCGGACAUAGCCGGGGCACUGCUGGGGUCUGACGGGCCUAAGCGUUUGGGGUCUGGCACGUUGGCCGCCCCGGGGGCCGACCACGCGCUCUCGCUUGUGGCAACCUUGUCAAGUGGGAAGGGCGCCAAUGCAAAGGGCAAGGCAGCUGCGAAAAAGAAGCCUACCAGCCAAGCUCCGAAAACGCCGCGUGAAGUGGAGGAUGAUAUCCGCAAAGAACUCAAGAAAGAGAUCAAUGCCUGCAACAUCAUCUAUGACCUUCCGAAGAACUUGGAAAUCAAAGACACCUUGGAGAACCGCAAGGGCAAGCUGGAGGAAGCACUUGAUGUGCUGAAUGGCAUGGCCGAAGAGGAUUUGGCAGACUAUGCAACGGUUGAGGAAGCCAAGAUUGUAAGGGUCCAGGCCCGUGCCAUCGUGGCGGAGAUUCGAAAGAAGCAGCAGCAGAGCGCCUGA